AUGACAGGACCCAAGACCAUAGAGAUUCGCUGCCUCAGGCCAGACGAGAAAACCGUCCACCUCAAGGCUGCUGUCUCUGAGCAAUUGGACGUCAAUAUCCUCACGCAAAGAGGGCACCAGAAGCUGGGAGAGAUCAAAUUGCAGCGCAAUGAGAUACCUAAAACAGUUUACGAUUCAGAUGGUGUUUCAUACACAGUGCGCGAUGUAGUCCAGCUGAGUAUUUGGAAGAAGGGUGAAACAAAACUGUCAAGACAAAAUUUCUACGUUUCUAUGAACGACGAUGAAGCGCGCUUGGAUACCCAGUAUGAUGCGAUUUUAGGGACUCAGUGCAAUGUUGGACGGUCCAGCGAUGAGAAUGCCCUCCCAGUUGCUGUAACCCAGCUAGCAUCGCAGAGUGCAAAUGAUAAGGCAGCCCAGGAGAAAAAGAAGCGCGAGAAAGAGGAAGCUUUGGCGAAGAAGAACCAACAGUUGCGUGAACAGCAGAAAAAGCAGGCUUCCCAGGGUAGAUAA